GGCGGCUGCGCGCCGGGCGGGGCCGCCGCCCGUCGGUUGUUGUAGUAACGGGGAAGCGGCGGGAGGGGCCGGGGCUGCCUUGUGCGCCCGGCCCGGCGCGGCCCAGCGUGCGGGGGCAGGUAACUGCUCUUGCAACUAGGACUGGGCUGUAUGAAAACUCCCAAAGGAAAUGCCAGUUGGGAUGGCUAAAGAUCUGGAGGAAACUGGCUCAUCCUCAGAGGAGGAAGAAGAUCCUAUAGAUGCACUGGAAGGUCAUCCAUGUAUCAAGUGGACAGGUGGUGGCUGCAGGCGGGUCCCUGUCUUGGUGUUUCAUGCUGAAGCCAUUCUGGCCAAGGACAGCUACCUCCGUCUAAUUGGAGAGCGCUUCCACAUGUCCUAUAAGAUUGUGCGGACAGACAGCCGGCUGGUUCGGAGCAUUCUGACUGCCCAUGGAUUCCAUGAGGUUCACCCUAAUAGCAAUGAUUAUAAUCUCAUGUGGACAGGAUCACACUUGAAGCCUUGCUUGCUGCGUUCCCUUACAGAUGUCCAGAAAGUCAACCAUUUCCCUAGGUCGUAUGAACUGACACGGAAGGACAGACUGUACAAGAAUGUCUGCCGAAUGCAGCUCACCCAUGGGUUCAAGGCAUUCCAUAUCUUACCUCAGACCUUUAUCCUCCCUACAGAGUACCAGGAGUUCUGCAAUACCUAUUCUAAGGACAGAGGCCCGUGGAUAGUGAAGCCUGUGGCUUCUUCCAGAGGUCGGGGUGUCUACCUGAUAAAUAAUCCAAACCAAAUUGUAGUGGAAGACAACAUCUUGGUGUCUCGUUACAUCAGCAAUCCCUUGCUCAUAGAUGAUUUCAAGUUCGAUGUGCGUCUCUAUGUUCUGGUUACAUCCUAUGAUCCCCUUGUUGUCUAUCUCUACGAGGAAGGAUUGGCCAGAUUUGCAACAGUGAGGUAUGACCAGGCAUCCAAGAACAUUAAAAACCAGUUCAUGCAUCUGACCAACUACAGUGUCAACAAGAAGAGUGGAGAUUAUGUCAGCUGUGAUGAUCCUGAAGUAGAGGAUUAUGGAAACAAAUGGAGCAUGAGUGCAAUGCUGAGGUACUUAAAACAAGAGGGGAGAGACACUGCAGCACUGAUGGCCAGCGUGGAGGACCUGAUUAUCAAGGCUCUAGUUUCUGCUGAGCUGUCCAUUGCAUCAGCUUGUAAAAGCUUUCUUUCACAUCGUGGCAGCUGCUUCGAGCUCUAUGGUUUUGAUGUCCUUAUUGAUGACACUCUGAAACCCUGGCUGUUGGAAGUGAACCUGUCCCCAUCAUUGGCCUGUGAUGCUCCUUUGGACCUGAAGAUCAAAGCUAGCAUGCUUUCAGAUAUGUUCACUCUUGUAGGCUUUGUGUGCCAGGACCCAGGCCAGCGGUCAAGCCGGAGCAUUUAUCAUUCGUCUGAAUCUGUCAGAAGAAAUCCGUACCAGAAGCUGCAGCGUCCUGUGUCUGCACAGUCACAAAGAGCAAACAGCAGAUCACAUACCCGUCCUCUGUCUGCUGGCGAUGCUGACGUGAAAAGCUCAAUGCCCUUAGGCAGGGAAAAGGCAGCAGGAAGGCACAACAGCUCUAUGCUAGGCCUCUCCAUGGAGGAGAUCAAAGUUCUUCGACGAGUGAGGGAGGAAAAUGAACGGAGAGGAGGCUUCAUCCGGAUAUUCCCUACCCCAUUAACAUGGGACCUUUAUGGAUCUUUUCUAGAGCACAAGACAUCAAUGAACUACAUGCUGGCUACACGUCUGUUUAAGGACAGGAGCAAGACGAAAAGAGAGUUCCUCACUGGAAGAUCCCGAGCAGGUCUCCAUGGAAGGCUGGAUAGGAGGAUGGAAGUUGUGGGCUCUCAUGCUCUCUUUUAUGAGAGGAAGCUCGUUUCACUGGAGUUACGGAAGCGGCGGCGAUACCAUGGCAAGGUUGGAGCGGCACAGGCAAAAGCACUAGGCACAUCAGAACCAACAAAGCUGUCCCUGAAGUCCGACACGGAAGGUGAGGAGGAAGAGGAGAUGGAUGAGGAUGAAGAUGAAGACGUAGAUAGAAGUGUUUGCUCUCUUUCGGACACUCCGGUGAAAAACAAGCCAGAGCUCUCUGAAUCUGUGAAAACUGCUUGUAAGGAGAGGUUACCAAAAAAACAUAACAAAAAAACUGGAAAUGGAGAAAAGCUGUUUCUGAAAAAACCAGACUCAAAACCUCAGUUUAACUUGCUUCAGAUUCUUCAAAAUCAAGGAAAUUUGAGCAAGAUUCAAGCUCGUGCAGCUUUCUCUGCCUAUCUACGGCACGUUCAGCUCCGACUGGUGAAGGAGGCUGGUGAACAGAUCCAGAAUCCUGCCUGGGUUGCCAAAGAGGAUGAGCAAAUGGACCUCAUCAUCCGCUUUCUGAAGCGAGCUGCCAGCAACCUGCGGCCGUCUCUGAGGCUGCUGCUCCCCAGCCGGCACGUAGGACUGACGGACAGGCGGCGCAUCCUGGCUCGCCAGCUGGGCGAGUUCAUCAUCUGCUACAACAAGGAAACAGAGCUGAUGGUUCAGAAACAAUCAAAAAAGGAAGAGGAGGAGGGAGUGAAUUCUCAAGAUUUUGAGAACUUCAUCGCCAGAGCAAGUGAAAGUGACCUGGAGGAGGUACUGACUUUUUACACACAGAAAAACAAAUCAGCAAGUGUCUUCCUAGGAACAAAAUCCACAACCACAAAACACAGCAACAGCAGUCACCAGUUAGAGAAGCAGCCCCCAGGUGAGCAUCCUGAGAUGGUGAAAAACAUAAAAGGCGAUCACUCCAAAAGUUCAGUUGCAGAUUUGUCUGCAGAAGGAGCACUAAAAGGCUGUAAACCCAAAGAAAAUAAAUCAAGCUUUGCAGAAGGACUCGCCUUCUCCUUAAAUGCCGAAGUGAAAUUACCUCAGUGCAGCCCUCCUGAUGCUUCUUCCUCUGUUCCUGGUGCCACGUUGCAGAGAAGUACCAGUUCUUGGAUGCCACCUCAGCCUGCAGCCUCUGAAAAUCCAAAGGUGUCUGGUCAGCCUUCACUGCCGGCUCCUGCAGCUGGUCCCAGGCUGAUUCAGUCCCCACCCCCACUGCACUCCUUGCAGAGCACAGCUCCUGACAGCUCUUCUGUCCUCACAAACUCGGUGUCCACUGAGACUUGUAGCCUUGCAGGGUUACAUCGUCGUUCUGGUAACUACACCAUUGGCCCAUUCUCAUCUUUUCAGAGAGCUGUUCAAAUCUACAGCCAAAGAUUGUCCCAAAUACCCUCUGCAAAAAUAGGUCUCCAUCGCAGCUCCAGCGGGCCGUGCAUGGGCUUGGCCAGGAUGCACAAGGAUGCAGAACACCCUGCCCAGUCCAAACGUCAGGGGCACGCUGUGGCAGCAGCAGAACUGCAGCAGCUGGCAGAAAAACAAGCAGCCUGCCAGCAUUCCCCACCAAGCCACGUCAGUCUCGUUACACAGCAGUUAACAAACCUGGACUUGGCAAGUGGAGCUAUAAGCAAGGGAAAUGCAGCUGCCCCACAGAGCUACUGGUCACCACUCAAAAAAAGAGGGUCACUGUGGCCUGUUCAGUCAGACACUCAUAGAGAUGACAAAAGAUCUGUCUCUUCAGCAGUCAGGGCUCCAGAGAAUCAUCAUUUUGCCUUGGAAGGAGAGAUGGAGAACAGUGUUUACAAGGUGACACGGGGUCCUGUGGCACAUCCCAGCUAUCAGCUGCAGUUUGCUGUGCAGCAGCUUCAGCAGCAGAAACUUCAGUCAAGACAGCUGGGGGAGCAAAACCAAGCACGGCAACAGGCUGUUUUUGCCAACUACUCACAAUCCAGCACCAGUCAUAUAUCUAUGCCAGCUGGCUCUGAUGCCCGCAAGACAUCAAAUGCCACUUCUAGUAUCCAGAAGGCAGCCAGUUUGCACAAAGUGAUGCCAUCCCAGAGUACAGCUCCUCAGCUGGUUCCAAAGCCUCCAACAAACCACAGACAGGCAGUGAUCAGAAAGGCUGCAGCCCAGAGGAUAUCCAAGUUGACCUCCACUGAAAAGCAACUGGAUGGAUUCCAGAACAGCCUUCACAGUGCUACACCCUGUGAGCCAGGGACAUGUUCCACAGCUUCUACUCGCAGAGAAGGAUUAACACAGAACUCCAGGUGAGGAAUCCCAAGAGUUGCUUCAAGUAGGGGACAACGGAAGAAGCAGCAGCAGUGACUUCACACCAUCACAUUCCCGUAUCAGGCAAAAAAGAGAGAAGAGGAGGCCUUGGUGAGAGAACAACCCACUGAAAAGAGUAUCUAAACAUCUGUGAAAGCAGAUUGUGGUGAUACACCUGCAAGCUGAGAUGAACGAAUGCUUCUGGGAGCUUCUGCUGCUGAGUCUUUGUCCCUUCAAGGGACAAAUCACUAACUGUGAGAUCUUUCCUGCAGCUAUUCUUCCUAAAGUCCAGGUUUGAACAUAAAGUCUCACUUGCUCAGCCAUUUCAAUCUGUUCUAGUCUGGUAAUAGCCAAGAUUCCAUACUUUCAUCACAUGGCAACCAUCAGCAGAGAAAAAUAUUAGAACAUGUGACUGGAGAUGUCUGUGUUGGUUGCCAUCUUGAAUUUUGGCACAGAGCCAUAGAAAUUAACAGUUUAAAUAAAGUAAUUUCAUUUG